AUGUUUGCUGCUUCGUUUAAAUGGGCAGAGGACAUGCCGCCACACAUUUACGCGGUGGCGCAGCGGGCCCAUGGCGCCAUGUUGAGCAGCAGGCGGGACCAAAGCGUGGUGCUCAUGGGACGCAGUGGCAGUGGCAAGACCACCAAUGCCCAGCAUGUGCUCAACUACCUGCUGCUGACCGCCGGUCAACAUUCCAAGUCAAUCACUGUGGACAAGCUGCAUGCUGUGUUCAAGUUGCUUGAUGCGUUCGGGAACAGCAGGACAGUUAUGAACACGAACGCAUCUCGAUAUUCCAACGUCUUCUCUUUAGACUUUGACCCGAGCGGGAACGUCGUGUCUGCGUCGGUUCAGAUUUUGAUGCUGGAGAAAAGUAGGGUGGUGCGAAGACCGGAAGGAGAGCCCAAUUUCCACGUGUUCUACCAAAUGUUGGCCGGCGUCGACGCCGCGACGAGGAAACAGUUGCAUUUAGAGGACGCUGUCGCCGUCGAUGGCUCGUGCCCACCGUGCAUGUUCAUGACUCCUCUUCAAAGGGCCGAAGAUAAACAGAGAGCUUUUGUCGCUUGGGGCCACAUAAUGGGUGCCAUGCACUGCUUGAACAUUCAGCCGAAAGAAGUGCGGGUUUUGUGCUCCGUUCUGGCAGCUAUUUAUCACUUGGGUGUCGCUGGCGCUGCGCACGGUCCUGGCGGCAAGCUGCAGUUCAUCCGACCACAGUUUUCCUCUUCAAAGGAUAAACAGAGAGCUUUUGUCGCUUGGGGCCACAUCAUGGGUGCCAUGCACUGCUUGAACAUUCAGCCGAAAGAAGUGCGGGUUUUGUGCUCCGUUCUGGCAGCUAUUUAUCACUUGGGUGUCGCUGGCGCUGCGCACGGUCCUGGCGGCAAGCUGCAGUUCAUCCGACCACAGUUUGGGGCCUGGGCCGCGUCGCUGUUGGGGACGACGCAGGACGAGCUGCUGCGGGUGCUGCGUGGCGGGACGCCGACGACGGCUCAACUCAGCAGCGGCACUGGGGUCAUGCCCGCGAUGGAGGCGAUCGAGGGUUUCGUCACCGGCCUCUACACGGAGGUGUUCUCGGCCCUCGUUGCCCUCAUUAACCGAUCGAUUUCCGUGAGCAACAGCCAGGCGUCCAACUCGAUCGUGGUGGUGGACACGCCUGGGGUGCAGAACCCGGCCACGUGCGGGCGCCAGUCGGGCGCCACCUUUGAAGACUUGUGCCACAACUACGUGCAAGAACGACUGCAGCUGCUGUUCCACGACGUGACGUUCACGUUGCCGCAAGAUAGAUACGCUCAGGAGCAAGUGGAAUUCCCCGUCGUGGAAGACCUGAGUGUGGAGGACGGCGGGCUCGGGUCACCUGGCCCGAUGGUCAACCUGCUGGACUUUGCCAACCAGUCGCACAGUGUGUCGCGGACGAAUGUGAGCGACACCAAGGGGGAUCGAAGGGGUCUGCUUUGGCUGCUGGACGACGAGGCCCUGUUGCCGGGAUCGUCGGACCGAAGUCUGCUGGACCGCGUCGCCGGACUUUACAAUGACCGAAAAUGGCGACCUCUCGUAUCAUCCGGACCCGACAAACAAGGAAUCACUUUAUUUCAUCAGCAAGGAACCUGUCCUGUCACCUACAGUGUGAAUGGUUGGCUGAAGGCGUGUCGUGAGAACCCGAUGGUUCGGGCGGCGGCCAGCUGCCUGACGGAAACGUCGACUCGGGACGACGUGCGUGAGGUUUUUGCCGCGUGUAGGCCAGCAGCCGGUGGGAUCAUGAGUGGCUCCAUUGCGGGCAUCGAAGGCGGCGUCGGGCUGCGACGAGCGUCGUCCAUCCGUCGCGCAUUCACCACCGGAACGGCGUCCAUCCGCCGGAAAAGCGUUGCUCUCCAGACUAAAUUCCAGGCCGAUGGGCUGAUUGAGAACUUGAGGAGGACGAGAGUGCACUUUGUCCACUGCUUCCUGCCGCAACACAACGCCGGUCUGUGCGACGUGAAGCAGCCGAAUCCGUCGGACCCGAGAGCCAAGGACGACAUCUUGAUGAAUGUGCCGUUGAUUCGGAGUCAGGUGCGAGGUGCGCAGAUUCUGGAGGCUGUGCGAGUGCACAAACAGGGCUUCCCUGACUCGGUCCCGUUCCGCGAGUUUGUGCGGAAAUUCGGCGUCCUAGUGCCGCCCGAGGCCAGGGCCGAGUCUGGCGGCCGGUCCAUCAAUGACGAGAAGAAGCUCAUCCUGGACUACUUGGUCCCGCAAAUGGACCUGGAGCCCAACGUGUUCCGCGUCGGACUGAGUCAGAAGCGGGCACAGAUGAGCUCAACUGGGCAGGCAAUUUGGGACUAA